UGAUAUUUUGAUCAUCAGUGAUAAGAAGAUGGGAUCUCUGUCAGAGGUUGUAUCAACAGUCCCACUUCACUGGUUCCCAGAUUUGAUAGAAACCUGUGCCAACCUUGUCAAUGAGGAGUGGAAGAGGAGCCAAGCUUCACGGAUUCAUUCUCUCCAGAAGUCUUCAGACAACUUCCCAGUGUGCCUUGUGUUAAUCAGAACACAAAGAAGUAGUGUAACAGGUAAAGAGGAGGAAUCGAAACUCAGUCAUCAGGUCAUAGGCCAUGCCAAGCUGUCCCUUGUCUUUGAGCGACCUAAGAGCUUAUUUGUUGAAACUGUAGUGGUGAGCAAAGAACUCAGAGGCAAAGGUUAUGGCAGGAAACUAAUGGAAGACACCGAAAAAUAUGCCAAGUCUCGAGGAUUUACACAGCUUCACCUUACUACACAUGACAAACAACACUUUUAUGCUCAUCUUGGAUAUGUUCUUUCAGAGCCUGUUUUCAGUGCAGGUUCUACAACACACAUCAUGCCCAUAGGAGUUCUGGAGAAGCUUUCUGGUUCAAGAAUUAGCACAUCUGCACCUGUAACACUCUCAUCAACUGUUAAUACUUUGUCUUGCUCUUCCGUAUCUUCUCAGUGUAAUGCUCCUCAUUUUACACCACCUGCAAUGUCCUUGUCUUCCCAGUGUGGGACGUCAUCUGCAACUCUCCCAAUACCACCCUCAUCUGCAGUGCCAUUAUCUACAUCUCUUCCAACACCACCACCACCUCCUCCUCCUCCUCCUCCUCCUCCUCCUCCACAACCACUGUUGCCACUUAUUCAGGCUUCUCCAUCUUCAUCCAGUAAUAAUCUGCCAUCUGUUCCAUCAUUUGAGACAAACAUUGCGCUGACUUUGCUGGAGACUCCUUACAAGGAUUUCAGAGGACUCCCUAUUUUUCAUAUGAGAAAAGAUAUUUGAUGCUUGCACAUACUUGAAGCAAUAAUUAAAAUUUCUGUUUGAAAGUUUUGAAAUAAUUUGUACUGUGAAAACUGGCUAGACAAAAAAAAUAUUGUACACCUUUU